AUGGCGACGCUGGAGGAACUGAAGCUACGGGUGAGGGAAUUGGAGAACGAACUGAUAAAGUGUCAGCAAAAGCAGUGCGCCGCCGAGCAGCAACACAGACCCAAAAUCGAAAAGAUGAGCGCAGAGGUUGUCGAUUCCAACCCUUACAGUCGCCUAAUGGCGCUGAAGAGAAUGGGCAUUGUUGAUAACUACGAGCGCAUCCGGACGUUCACGGUAGCCGUGGUUGGGGUCGGGGGAGUGGGCAGCGUGACAGCCGAAAUGCUCACUCGGUGUGGCAUCGGUAAGCUGCUGCUGUUCGAUUACGAUAAGGUGGAGCUCGCCAACAUGAACCGACUCUUCUUCCAGCCGCAUCAGGCAGGCCUCAGCAAAGUGGAGGCCGCGGAACACACGCUAAGAAACAUCAAUCCGGACGUGCGGUUUGAGACCCACAACUACAACAUCACCACCUUGGACAAUUUCGACCACUUCAUGGAGCGUCUCAGUCACGGAGGCCUGGACGACAGCAAGGCUGUGGAUUUAGUCCUGAGCUGUGUGGACAACUUCGAAGCCCGCAUGGCCAUCAACACAGCUUGUAAUGAGCUCGGACAGACCUGGAUGGAGUCUGGUGUCAGCGAGAACGCCGUGUCGGGACACAUACAGCUCAUCAACCCGGGAGAGACGGCGUGCUUCGCUUGCGCGCCUCCUCUGGUGGUGGCUGCCAACAUCGACGAGAAGACACUCAAGAGGGAGGGCGUGUGCGCCGCCAGCUUGCCCACGACCAUGGGCGUUGUCGCUGGCAUCCUGGUCCAAAAUGUCCUCAAGUAUUUGUUGAAGUUCGGUCGCGUCACUUAUUACCUGGGCUACAACGCCAUGCAGGAUUUCUUUCCUAGCAUGGCUAUGAAGCCCAACCCGCAGUGCAACGACCGCCACUGCCGAAGACAGCAGGAGGUGUACGAGAAGCGGGAAGCCGAGCGACCCAAGACUGAGGUCGUCCAGGAAGAAGAGGAGGUGCUGCACGAGGACAACGAAUGGGGCAUCGAACUGGUGGUGUCAGAGGAGGCCAACGGGGAGGAGGAGACGGCGGCCGUCGCCGACCUCCCCGAAGGCAUCACCCUCGCCUACACCGUCCCGGCGGCGGCAGCGGGCGACGGGGAGAUGGUGGAAGAGACGGAACAGAGUCUGGAGGACCUGAUGGCGCAGAUGAGAAAGUUGUAAGCUGCACGGCGGGCAAAUUGAAAGAAAGGUUCAUGGCGUACAUUGGAUGACAACCCACGACUGACCAUCAAUAAAAACACAAAAAGCUGCAUGCAUGAACUAAGCUUACAAUGCUUGGCUAACAUUAACAUCUCAAUAAAGUAUUUAUUAGCAAGAA